GCAUCUCGCAUUGGCAAUUCCGCUCAUGUCAACAUAAUGCUCUCGCGCGGCGCGAAGACCGAAGCAAGAGAUUCAGUAGGCCAAACCGCGCUGCACUAUGCUGUUGAAGGCGGCUCGCUGAGAUGCAUCAAGGCGCUUUUAGAAGCGGGAGCUGACGCCCAAGCUGUUGCUAAUUAUGGUCUUACCCCCCUUCACCAUGUCCUUUACUUCACCGACAACUGCAAGGUUGAGGAUAUCAUCUCGUGUCUGUGUGCUCAUGGCGCGGAUCUCGACGCGCGCGACAACUUGGGUUACACGCCUUUACAUUUCGCUGUGGAAUUGGGAUCGCAUAUAAGUGCUGAAGCAUUCAUCAGAUGCGGUGCUGGUGUGAAU